AUGAAGCAAAUUCGUCAACGCCAAAGGAUCAUUAUUCUCUCUCUCCUCUCUCUUUCCGUUGUUGCUCCUCUCAUUUUCCUCGGGAGAAGAGAGUUCCUUCAAGAUUUGUAUCGCGUUACAUACAGGACAGAUGGUUUGAAGUUAAAUGUUGUAGAACAUGGAGGUGCUGAAGAAUUUAAAGAGCAAAAUCUAGUUGGUUAUAAAGAAAAAGACGUUUCAACAAUUAGUUACGAUUCAAAAAAGAAUAAUGAUGCUGAGGAAUCUAGAAUUCCAGCGUUGGAAAGAAAUGUUUCAGGAUUCAGCCAAGAUGAAAGGCAAGAUGGGGAUGCUCGGAAGAAAGAUUCAUCCUCUUCGGAUGACGAUAUAAAUGUACAUGCUGCAUAUAGAAUGUCAAAGGAGAAUAUUACCUCGACAAAUAGGCCAUCUCGUCAAAAACAAGCUGUUCCGUAUAGAAUGUCAAAGGAGAAUGUCAAAAGAGAAGACCGUCAUCGUAUUUUAAACCCUCCCUCUCGGGAAGUGAAAAAUCAGAAGGUUCAAGAGAUUAAGGAUCAAAUUUUAAUGGCUAAAGUAUACUUGAAGUUUGCACCGCCAAGCAGCAACUCACACUUGAAGGAGCUGGAGCUGCAAAUGAAAGAGAUGGAACGAAGAGUAGAAGGAGUCACCCGGGAUAGAGAUUUGUCAAGGAGUGUUUUGCAGGCAAUGCGACACAUGGAAGCCUCACUAUCUACUGUCAGCCGUGCUUUCUCUGACUGCUCUAUGGUUUCUAAGCUUCAAGCAAUGAAGCGCAAAACUGAAGAGCAAGUUCGUUUUCAGAGAAGCCAAGCGACAUAUCUUGUUCAUCUUGCUGUAAGGACUGCCCAAAAAAACUUUCACUGUCUUUCUAUGAGGCUGACUACUGAAUAUUUUUCCCUGAGACCUGAGGAGAGAGAGCUUCCAAAUGAAAAUAAGAUUCAUCUUCCAGAUCUUUAUCAUUAUGCUGUCUUCUCCGACAAUGUUCUGGCAUGUGCAGUUGUUGUUAACUCUACUGUCUCUACUGCCAAGGAACCAGAGAAACUUGUUUUCCAUAUAUCCAUGUACAGAGCACAGAAAACUUUGAAUGACAUUUUCCCUGCCCUAAAUAAGAUUGUGAUAUUUGAUCAUGAUGUGGUGGUUCAACAAGAUCUCAGUGUACUAUGGAAUGCCGAUAUGAAGGGAAAUGUUAUUGGAGCAGUUGGAACUUGUCAGGAAGGAAAAACCCCAUUUCAUAGGAUUGAUGCAUUCAUAAACUUCACAGAUCCACUAAUCGGAGAGAGUUUUGAUGCCAAUUCUUGCACAUGGGCGUUUGGGAUGAAUUUGUUUGAUUUGCAACAAUGGAGGAGACAUAAUUUAACGGCUGUUUAUCACAAAUAUUCACAAAUGGGUUCUGAGAAGCCAUUGUGGAAUCGGAACAACGAACGUCUUCCUUUAGGUUGGCUUACCUUCUAUAACAAGACGGAGGUGUUGGACAGACGAUGGCACGUUCUUGGCCUCGGUCAUAACUCAGGAGUUGAUCGAAAUGAGAUCGAGCAGGCUGCCGUUAUACACUACGAUGGUAUUAGGAAGCCAUGGUUAGAUAUUGCAAUGGGCAGAUAUAAAAGUUACUGGACCAAAUAUUUGAAUUUUGACCACCCUUUUCUGCAACAGUGCAAUCUUCAGGCGUAG